AUGGAGACUGAAAAGCUACACCAGAUCGGCAAAUAUCUGGGGCUAACGGGCGUAGAAUUAGCCCAGUUCAUAAAAGAAGAAGCAGAAUUAAAAAGAGAAGAAUUGAAGAUAAGGCAGCAGGAGUUAAAAAGAGAGUUCCCUGUGGUAGAUGAGGUGACACAUCACAACACUGCGAAUACUAAGGUAAAGUACCCCAAGCUACCAUUAUUCAAUGACAUGUAUGAUAACAUUGAUGCAUAUCUUCAGCGGUUUGAAAGGUUUGCUAGGAAUGCAGAUUGGCCUGAAGAAGUGUGGGCUAUCAGUUUAGCUUCCUUAUUGCAAGGUAAAGCCUUGGAUAUAUAUCACCAAUUAACACCUACAGAAGCGAAUAGUUUUGAGCUGGUAAAAUCGGCACUAUUAAGGGAUUUGAUUGUACUGCUGAGGGUUUUAGAACAACAUUUAGAAAUUGUAAAUUUCCACGGUUUAUUCCUGAAAGAACGAUCUCUAAAAACUCUACAAGAUCUACAGGAGAAUGCUGACCGCUUCCUCGAGGCCCACGGAAACCAAGUAACCCGAGUGACGACGCACCAAUGUCCACGCAGGUAUUCCGCCCUCCUCAACCCUCCACGCCCAGCAUCCCAACAACGGAAAAAGGUGCAGUGCGGGGCCAGGCCACCAAAUGUCCGAGGAAAAACGAGCAAACCACAACUGCGGAAGGAAGACACAGCUGCAACCGUAAGUAGUGUUGUAAUUGCACCAGAAACUAAUGUGAAAUGGAAUCGAGGAGAAACAAAGGAAAAUGAAAGGAAUGAUGUAGAUGGAGAGGAACUGUGUGGAGGAACUCUAGCCAAAGGUAAGAAGUUGAAGACUGCCAGAGGAGAAGUUGAAGGAAGAAAAGUUGUAGUACUGAGGGACACGGGGAUGUUCAACGGUUAUGCGGGGAGGGUGAGCGCCGUGUGUCUACCACAGCCCCUGUGUGACCUGAUAAUCGGAGAAAUACCAGGAGUGAGCAUAGGUGAAGGCGACGCACGAACGGAAAAGUGUGGAGUGAUGACGAGAAUGCAGAUUAGAAGAGAUAGAGGACUGCUGUACAGACAGGUCACAACGGGAAAAAGACAACGGGAUCAGCUUGUUGUUCCUCAGACGUGUCGCCAAGCUACCCUGGAGCUGGCCCAUUCAGGCAUUAUGGGAGGCCAUUUGGGCACAAGCAAAACUAGAGACAGAAUACUUGCUCAUUUCUUUUGGCCAGGUGUUACCGUAGCCGUGACCCGCUACUGCAGAUCAUGCGACGUGUGUCAACGGACGGUGGAUAGGGGAAAGGUGAGCAAGAUCAAACUGGGUGACAUGCCGCUCAUUGGUGAACCAUUUUCCCGCAUGGUCGUGGAUCUGUUGGGGCCGCUGGAGCCACGAUCAUCAAAUGGCUCUCGAUAUAUCCUGACGGCAGUAGAUUACGCUACAAGGUACCCCGAAGCCGUCGCCCUUCCAAACAUUGACAUGCCCACAGUAGCAGAGGCCUUGGUAACAAUCUUCAGCAAGGUAGGUGUGCCUAGAGAAAUCUUAUCUGACAGGGGGACACAGUUUACCUCUGAUGUAAUGAAAGAAGUGUAUCGCCUACUUUCCAUUCAGUCUUUAACCACUACACCAUACCAUGCUAUGUUACCCCAGGCCAGCACGGGAUUCUCGCCAUUCGAGCUGAUAUACGGACACACUGUGAGAGGACCGCUAACGCUGUUGCGCGAACUAUGGGACGGCAGUAUGGCUGAUGAGAGGUUUAUCACAUGUUCAUAUGCAGACUUUACCUCAUCAUCAGCCAUACUGCCGUCCCAUAGUUCGCGCAACAGCGUUAGCGGUCCUCUCACAGUGUGUCCGUAUAUCAGCUCGAAUGGCGAGAAUCCCGUGCUGGCCUGGGAUAAGAUUUCUCUAGGCACACCUACCUUGCUGAAGAUUGUUACCAAGGCCUCUGCUACUGUGGGCAUGUCAAUGUUUGGAAGGGCGACGGCUUCGGGGUACCUUGUAGCGUAA